AUGAAAAAUUCAAGUCAAUUAUCUCUCACUCAAGAUCAGAUCCUUGCAGUUGCUUCCUCUGUAAUCGGAAUCAAGAAGAUUGAUGAAUCUCAGCAAAAGCUUGAUAAAAUCAAAGAUAUCAAAGAAGAAACUGAAGAAGCAAAACAAUAUUUGCAUGAUAUUAGAGAAGAAUUUGAAAAAAUCCAGAAAAAUCGUAAAAGUUCAAGUUCACUUGUCAAAGCUACAGUAAAAUCUCCAGACGAUGAAGACUCGAAAAAGAUUGAAAAUCAGGUUUCGGAAUAUUCAACAAAAAUCAACGAAUAUCAAAAGAAGCAUUUGAAUACUGUGAGAGAAAUUCAAGAAAAAACAGCUGCAAUGUUAAUCGAAGCUCAGGAAUUUGAAAUUGAAAUGAUCAAAAGUCUUAAGACUCAGUAA